UCUGUUAACCGCAUUGUGUCAAAAAAACUAACUUUCUUUCGUGGCUGGAAAUUGUUUUUCAUUUUCAACGAUAUUGUAACAUUAUUUAAAAGCCCUAAAAAGCUAUUUUAUUUGACAUAAGUCCGUAAAAAAAAUGUCUAUGAUGGCACGUAAGGGCGGACCAGCGGCGGAGGAUUUGUCCAAUGUUGAGUUCGAGACAAGUGAAGAUGUGGAGGUCAUACCCAGUUUCAAUGCUAUGAAUCUUAAAGAAGAAUUGCUAAGAGGCAUUUACGCUUAUGGUUUUGAAAAACCCUCGGCCAUCCAGCAGCGCAGCAUUAAGCCCAUUGUAAAAGGGCGCGACGUCAUUGCUCAAGCCCAGUCGGGUACUGGUAAAACGGCCACCUUCUCCAUUUCCAUAUUACAGAGUUUAGACACAUCACUGCGAGAGACGCAGGUGCUAUGUUUAUCUCCCACUCGCGAGUUGGCUGUACAAAUUCAAAAGGUUAUCUUGGCCUUGGGUGAUCUCAUGAAUGUCCAAUGUCAUGUGUGCAUUGGUGGUACAAAUUUGGGUGAAGAUAUACGUAAAUUAGAUUAUGGCCAGCAUAUUGUGAGUGGUACACCUGGUCGUGUAUUUGACAUGAUCAAACGCAGAGUAUUGCGUACACGAGCUAUACGCAUGUUGGUGCUGGACGAAGCUGAUGAAAUGUUAAAUAAGGGUUUCAAAGAGCAAAUUUAUGAUGUCUAUCGUUAUUUGCCACCAGCAACGCAGGUUGUAUUGAUAUCGGCCACAUUGCCGCAUGAAAUUUUGGAGAUGACAUCGAAAUUCAUGACAGAUCCCAUAAGAAUUUUGGUAAAACGUGAUGAACUGACUCUGGAAGGCAUCAAGCAAUUCUUUGUUGCUGUUGAACGUGAAGAAUGGAAAUUCGAUACUUUGUGCGAUUUAUACGAUACCCUUACCAUAACACAAGCCGUCAUCUUUUGUAACACCAAACGUAAGGUCGAUUGGUUGACUGAAAAAAUGCGUGAAGCAAAUUUCACCGUUAGCUCCAUGCAUGGUGAUAUGCCCCAAAAGGAACGUGAUGAAAUUAUGAAGGAGUUCCGUGCUGGCCAAUCACGAGUUUUAAUUACCACCGAUGUGUGGGCUCGUGGCAUUGACGUUCAACAAGUCUCUUUGGUUAUCAAUUACGAUUUGCCCAACAAUCGUGAAUUGUACAUUCAUCGCAUUGGUCGUUCGGGUCGUUUCGGUCGCAAGGGUGUAGCCAUUAAUUUCGUCAAGUCUGAUGAUAUUCGUAUUUUGCGUGAUAUUGAACAGUACUAUUCGACACAAAUUGAUGAAAUGCCCAUGAAUGUGGCUGAUUUGAUUUAAAUUUCUAUAAUCGCAAUUAGAUGUAAGAAGCCUUUUUUAUAGAUUUCCUAAAAACCGAAUAUAAGAUGGGGAAAACAAUCGCGAGUCUAUGAACAACCAUUGAGCAUUUCGCUGAACAUAAUAUGGAUUCUCUUUACAUUACAAGAAAUGCUCAAUUUAGGUUAGUUAAAAUUUGUCUUUUUUCAUUUUUCACCUACAGAACUACAUAUGUGUAAAUGUAAUGAAUUAAUAUAAUACAUAACAACUUUAGAAAUAAAGUACGUAAUAAAUAUUUUACUAAUUUAUGGAA